AUGAAUUUCUUAGAUAGGGCGAAGAUUGGGAUGAGUUCCCUGAUCUCUAAGCCAUACAAGUAUCUAGACCUAUUUCCACUUGGCCCACUAGCUCCAAUCGAAGAGAAAGUGGAAGCGAUUAGUACACUACCCGAGCUAUUACCUAGUCCGAUACCCGAAUCGAUCACUAAGCUUAAAGACUAUAUUAAUAGAUUGGAAGACCGGUAUAGUGCCCCUUCUUACCUCAUAAUUGAAAUUAUUACUAACUAUACUAGGAUUACGGAGAAGCAAAAGCAGAAGGAUCGCCGACUUAGAGGCUUACCUCGAGAACCUUUAGCUAUUUCUCUUAUAACUUGGCACGUCUAUCGAGGGACUCCUGACUAA